CACUUUACGUACGCAGUCGGCGUAGUGGGUUAGCAGGCAGCAGCGCGCUCCUAAACCAAACUGCCCACGGAGCAUAGUGAGGCGUUCCAUGACACACAGCGGCCGGACGGAGCAUGACGCCAGCUUCUAGUCCUGCGUGACUCCUGCCGAGGACAUGAGAGUUGACGAGACGUAAUCCACAUUCACGGCAGUUAAAAGCAGCAAUGCUGGAAAAACAUGUCUCACAAAGAAGAUGGUAAUGGAUGCAAAAGUCCUCAUGAAACAGACUUGUACUCCAGCAUCCCUGCAAGUUGCCUUCCCAUUGUGUAUCAUCCAGACUAUAACAUCACUUUCAUGGGCCUGGAAAAGCUUCACCCAUUUGAUGCUGGAAAGUGGGGCAAGGUGAUUCACUUCCUGAAGGAGGAGCAGUUCAUCACCGACGGAAGUAUCGUACAAGCCCGCGAGGCAACUGAAGCAGACUUGCUUGUGGUUCACACAAAACGCUACCUGAGCAAGUUAAAGUGGUCCAUGGUGGUGGCAACAAUCACGGAAAUCCCGCCUCUUGUGUUCCUUCCCAAUUUCCUUGUGCAGCGAAAGGUACUGAGGCCACUGCGAACACAGACCGGAGGAACAAUUAUGGCAGGGAAACUGGCAGUUGAUCGAGGUUGGGCCAUUAAUGUUGGAGGAGGCUUCCACCACUGCUCCAGCGAUAAAGGAGGGGGCUUUUGUGCCUACGCUGACAUAACUCUAACCAUCAAGUUUCUUUUUGAGCGUGUGGAAGGCAUCUCCAAGGCGACCAUCAUCGAUCUGGACGCUCACCAGGGAAACGGUCAUGAGAGGGACUUCCUGGACGAUCACCGUGUGUUCAUCUUGGACAUGUAUAACCGCUACAUCUACCCCAACGACAGAUAUGCCAAAAGAGCCAUAAAGAGGAAGGUGGAGCUGGACUGGGGCACAGAAGACGCAGAAUAUCUUCAGAAGGUUGAGCUACAUACCCAAGGAGCGCUGAACGAGGUCCGACCUGACAUCAUUGUUUACAACGCUGGGACAGACAUCCUGGAUGGAGACCCUCUGGGUGGACUGUCCAUAUCACCCCAGGGAAUCGUCAGAAGGGAUGAGAUCGUGUUCAGGGCUGCAAGGCAACGAGGGAUUCCAAUUGUUAUGGUCACGUCAGGAGGAUACCAGAAGCAAACGGCUCGCAUCAUUGCAGACUCCAUUCUCAACCUGCAACACCAGGGCCUCAUUGGGUCAGAACCACUUGAUGGGGAGGGAUCGUCGUCACUUGUGAGCAGCAUGAUGGGUGCCACCGUGUCGUGUGGUUCGAGGCACACCGCAAUAUAGAGUGGCUUCGAUGGUUCACAGUUCUAACACUUUAAAGAGCAACCUGUGCAAUUACAAACAAGCCAUUACUGAACCUGUGUAGACCUUAACAUAGAGGCGGGUGUUCAUUGUUCAGAGUUGUGCUCCGCUGAUACCUGCUUGUGUUUCAUGAUGAGUGAAGGCAACACGGGUUGAGCUUUUGAGUGCUGUUUUGGAAACAAGUUCUGAUAUUAGAUAAAGAAUAUACGUUAAUGAGCAGUUCAUGAAAUUGUAUUUACAUACACACACAUAUUCUUGUGGGACCUCUCUUUGCCAUAACCCUUUCCCCAGCCUCUCACCUUAAACCUAAUAAUUCAAAACAUGUGGCUAAUCUUAACCAGGACUCUGAACCAAACUAAAACCCAAUUGUAUAUAUAUAAAAUUAUACUUUUUCAGACGUUUCAACGCCUCAAACCUUGUGAGGACCGUCCACAAUGGUCUCAUUCUGUUAGUUAAAAACUCAAACUGGCUCUCAUGAGGAUAGAAGUACAAGAACACGCACACACAAAGAAAGGUGACAUAGAAGAAAAGUAAGAAGCGAACACAACUCUGACGCACCUGUUGAAUCAUUUUCAUUUAGAGUCUAGCUUGUUCUCUUGCUGUGUAAAUGGUCAUUCAAAUCAUUCUCACAGACAUUCAACUUCACCCGCUCGCUACUUUAAAUGAAUACUACAAUCUCAGGCAUGUGCACAGACCUUUUGGCCAACAAAUGUUCCUGAAAGCCUCAUAGACUCCAGCGGCUCAUGAGCACCUGCAUGUCAGGGAGUGAUUCUUGGGAGAACUAAAUGCCCAGGUCAUUCACCAAAAUACAUUCAAGUAGAAAUUAUGAAAAAGAGAGAGUACCUUUUUUUUCCUAAAAAUGUAAGUAUGUUUUGCUCCAGCAAAACUUUUUUUCAUGUCUGGAGAUAGGGCUGGUGACGGAGUACCACUAGAGGUCUAUCUGUGCAUGUGCCUGACAUCAUGGUUGCUCUGAGCUCAUCUGUGUAAAUAGGAUUUUUAAAAACAUAACAAUAUUUAUUUUGAUACUGACAGUGUGUGUGUUCUUUUGGGACUGUUUUUGUUGUUGCCAAACUGUCCACGCGCUUGUGAGAACUCACUAGCCUUUUGACAUCAGUUUUAAGUCAACAUCACUGUAAAUAUUGUAAACAUUGAUUGGAUAUUCAUUUCAGAAUAUGGGAGACAGGAGCUUAAUCUAUUGAGCUGGGAAUGAUUGAUUUAAAUGGAUUUUCCAACAAAAAUAACUGUGAUGAUUUUAUUUAUGGGGUGACUUAAAAAACGUGUGGAAGAGAUGAGGGACAAGGUGGGCAGUUAUUCUUUUAAUGUCUCUUUAUUUAAGGAAAUGCCGAAUUAAAAAAUAAACAAAUAAAACAUUGGUGGUUCACAUGU